AUGACGCGAGGAGAGAAUAGGCGUGGAAAGGUGGGUCGUGCAUGCCAUUGGUGCAGAAAGGCUCACCUUCGGUGCGACAUGAAACGACCGUGUGAGCGAUGUACAAAGAAGGGACUUGAGUGUAUUGAAGCAACCGAUCAACCACUUCCAAAGCCAGCCAAAAACACGGCCGGCACAGCAUCAUCAGGGAGAAAACGAAAACAAAAUCCAACCGAUGCAUCGGAGAAGGCAUCCAAUCAUCAUACGCAAUCAUCAUCAUCAUCAUCAACUAGGAAGAAACGAAAUACACAACCUCUAAAAGCUAAACCAAUAGUACCACAAGUCGCUAACCUGUUACCAGAUAUUCCGAAAGAAGGACAGGCAUGCCUGCAGGAUAAAUAUUACUACAACCUCGAUAGAUAUCAACAAUUAUUGGAGGAAAAAAUGUCGAAAAUCGCAAAAUUUUGCUAUCUUGAUGAUAAUUAUGAAAAAGUUGAAAUUGAAUGCAAGAAAUAA